AUGGCAGAGUUACAGCUUUCGUUCGUUCAAUUUGAUCAGGCCAAUUCCACACAACGAGAAAAAGAACUCGUUACGUCUUUCGUGCGCUCGCACACGGCAAGAUUCAACCACGCAAAGCGAAAGACUGGCGUGGCCUCUACUGUCGUCGGGGAUUUACCGGCAUCGAGUAAACCAUUAAUCACUCGUUUCCGUCUGGAUCCCCAUGGUGCGAGCCAUGAUUCCCAACAAUCGAAGCUCAAGAUUACAUCGCGGCGUCGGCAGAAUGAGACCCGGGAUGAGACAGAGGAAGCCGAGGCGCAAACGAGACGACAGAUCUUCGCCUUGCUCUACCGAGAAUGGAGAGGUUCCAUCAAAUCGCCCUUUUCCGGAGGCGUUCCCAAACAUAUCGCAAUAUAUCAACAGAUGAUAGUACCUACGAUACAACUGGCAUUCGAAGUGUUUCACGUCCGAGACACUCAUAACCACGAGUUUAUUCAGUGGAUGACGAGGCCCACCACGUCCGGAUACCAUGCCGGGGCAGCUGGACUCCAGCUCCUGUACGACAUGCAAGUAUCACCCGGUCGCGGACAAACCCAGCAGUGUCUGUUCCAUAAAGUGAAAGCGUUCGAGUUUCUGAGGGAGACUUUGUCGCAGUCGCCUAGUAAAGUGCCGGAUGACGAGCUUCUGGCCAUUCUGUCCCUGGCGACCGUCGAGCGAACCGUUGAUAUGAAGGCGCACCAGUAUCACCUGGAAAUUCUUUCACGUAUCAUCACGGCUCAGGGAGGCAUUGAGACGGUAUCUGAUCACCCCAAGUGCACAAUUCUACAGUUCGAUUCAUGGUGGAGUCUGUCUACCGGUCUCAGGUUCUUCUCUCGCCCUCAAUUGCUCCUCGAACGAGAGGGUGCCAGCAUAAGCGCUGUGCCGUCAAGAUCCUCAGCCUAUCAACUCGGCGAAGUUCCAAGGGGGUUUCACAAGUUCAUCCUAGAUGGGACAUGGUUACCCAGCACGGUCGAGAUCAUUAUCCGUCUCUCAUACGUAUACUCGAGGUCAAAACUUGAGCGAGACGCUUCGGAGCACAUCAUCGGCCUCCCUUAUGCGACGCAGCCGGUACGCAGAACGUUCCAGGAAGCGUGUCCGGCACUUGACGCGACGGGACAAAGUCAGGAGAAGCUACUGGCGUUGGCUAUCGUCGUGUACUGCGGCCUUGGGUUUGAUUCUGCUCCAAUCGCGAGCAACGGUGGGUUGGCGUCGAGGGCGGAGCUCACGAAGAUGCUGAAGCAAUACACGUGGGAAUGCGACACGCCGGAACAGGAGGAUUUCAUGUUCUGGAUAUGGGCAGUUACGAUCUGUGCUUGGAGGUCGGCGUCCGGAAACAGCCUCAUGUCUCCCGGCCUCGAGCUGUUCUGGAAGCUACGGCAGAAAUACCGGCAGGUGAAGGAAUGGAAUGAUGGAGAAGCGAUCUUGGUCAAAUUCUUCUGGAACAAGAAGCUCAGUGAGCUGUUCGCCGCUGAGUUUGAGAAGGACCAGCCCCUCGAGACACAAUUUUCUUGGCUCUCGAUCCCAAUUACACCGGCCUCCCAAUCUCCCCCCUACGAUGCUAUCUUCAACUUCGUGUUCGCCUAUUUGUUCUCCUCGUCGCGCUUUCUUGAGAAGGUCUACGGCGUCGACCACGAAACCGCCCACACCAAUGCGAUGAAGCAUUUGUUCAUGUUCGUCAAGAGUGCCUUGUUCGCGACUGUGGCCAAAGUCCUCAACGAAACAGUCAACAGCACGUGCUUAGUCUAUUCAGUGGCGAGGGCCGUGUGUGCCGUCAUCCACUUGUUCGAGGACACUGUUAAGCAGUCUUAA